AUGAUGCACAUACCUAUAGCUGCGGCCAUUGCCCGACAUCAGGUACCCAGACUUGCAUUUGCUCCAAAACGGAUUGGCUAUUCUCCAAUCCUCACGCGCACGCUUUCAGCCCCUGCGUCCCAGGUCCCACCCACGCCUCCUCCUCCCGCCUCUGAAUCAACAACCCAAGCUGCCCCUAUCGUGAUUGUCAAGCCUCUGUCUCGUUGGCGGCAAUUUCUUCAGACCCUAGGCCGCGUUACGCUACUUACAAUAGUAACUACCACUGGUGUGUUUAUCUAUAUAACACAAAAGGAUCGUCAUCCUGGCGAGCAGCACGAUUUUGAUCCUGAAAAGAAGACUAUUGUGGUUCUGGGUUCGGGAUGGGGCGCUACGAGCAUGCUCAAGUCCCUGGACACGGAAGACUACAAUGUCGUCGUGAUUUCUCCCAGGAACUACUUCCUCUUUACCCCCUUGCUCCCCUCGGUUGCAAUCGGUACCCUAGACUCGCGCAGUAUCAUCCAGCCGACGCGUUAUAUCACUCGACACAAGUCUCGACGUGUUUAUGUCUACGAGGCUGAAGCUCAAGAGGUCGACCCCAAGAACAAGACCGUUACAUUUGCCGACCUCUCACCAGUCAAGGGUGGCGUGAGUUCGACCACUAUCCCGUACGACUACUUGGUCUAUGCAGUUGGCGCAGAGACUCAGACUUUCGGAAUCCCGGGAGUUCGAGAAAAUGCCUGCUUCAUGAAAGAACUGCAUGAUGCCGAAAAGCUCAGGACUACCAUCAUGGAUUGUAUCGAGUCUGCUGCUUUUAAGGAUCAGAGUGAUGAAGAGAUUGACCGCUUGCUCCACUGCGUUGUCGUCGGCGGAGGUCCUACUGGCGUGGAGCUCAGUGGAGAGUUGCACGACUUUUUGAAGGAGGAUCUUGAGAACUGGUACCCUGACAUAGCACCUCGUCUGCGGAUCACUUUGAUCGAAGCGUUGCCGAACGUGUUGCCCACGUUCUCUCGGGAAUUGAUCAAAUAUACCGAAUCAACUUUCAAGGAGAACAAAAUUGACGUCAUGACCAAGACCAUGGUCAAGGAGAUCAAAGAAAAGUCUGUCCUUGUCCAAAAUGCCGCUGGAGAGCGAGUUGAGAUUCCGUUUGGUGCUAUCGUCUGGGCUGCUGGUAACGUCGGACGCCCAAUCACCCGCAAGCUGAUGGAGCACUUCCCCGAACACCAAACCAACAAACGUGGUAUUACCGUCGACGACUUUUUGCGCAUGAAGGGCGCUGAUGGUAUAUUUGCCGUUGGAGACUGCACAGCCACCUCUUAUGCACCCACCGCCCAAGUCGCCUCUCAAGAAGGCACUUAUCUUGCGCGCCUCUUUGGUCAGAUUGCCAAGAAAGACAAGCUCGAGAAGCGGUUGGCCGAGCUGCGCGCUGGACCCCACACCGACGAGACUGAGCGCCAGAUCGAGAGCGUCGUGAAGCAGAUUAACAAGGCGAGCAAGCUCAGGCCGUUCCAUUACUCGCACCAGGGUUCGUUGGCGUACAUCGGCAGCGAAAAGGCUAUCGCGGAUUUGCCCUUUUUGAACGGAAACUUUGCGAGCGGCGGUGUCGCAACAUACCUCUUCUGGCGCUCUGCCUAUCUCUCGAACUUGUUCUCGCUCCGGAACCGGUUCUUGGUCAUCAACGAUUGGUUAAAGGUCAAAAUCUUUGGACGUGACGUGAGUCGAGAGUAA